AUGGGGCAACCUAGAGGGGGAGCUCUGGUGCUGGUGGUGUUGGUACUGCUUCCUUGCGCAGCGGCGGCGGCGCUCCCGCCGGCGCCCUCGCCGGAGGCGGCGCCGCCGCCGGUGGUGCUGGUUCGGCCGAUCCCCUCGCCGGCGGCGUCGUCGGACCUGGACCCGAAGCAGCUCACCGCCCUCCAGUCCAUGAACCUGCCGACGACACGUGACCCCUGCUCCAUCCCUCCGCCGCGCAACUUCACCGCCUGCGACUCCGCCACCCCUUUCCGGCGACUGGUGGCGCUCACCCUCGCCAACUGCUCCUCCGACCUGGACAUCUCCGCCACCGCCCUCCGCGCCCUCGCCCCCAGCCUCCGCUCCCUCUCCUUCCUCUUCUGCCCCGUCCCCCUCUUCAAGCUCCCUCCUCAGCUCUCCUCCUCCCUUCGCUCCUUCUCCUGCGCCGCCUCCCUCCGCCGCCUCACCGGCGUCUGGCUCAGCCGCCUCGCCAACCUCACCGAUCUCACCGUCACCGACGCUACCAUCACCGCCAGCGGGCCCUCCGUCAUCCUCUCGCAGAUGUACAACCUCCGCAGGCUCACCAUCUCCCGGACCAACCUCGCUGGCUUCCUCCCCCACCACUGGCACUCACUCAACCUCACCUCCGUCGAUCUCUCCGCCAACCAGCUCAGGGGCCCUGUCCAUGGCUCCAUCGGGCAGCUGCAGUCACUAGAGCUGCUGAACCUGAGCUCCAACUCGCUGUCUGGGGUCUUGCCAGCCGCCGUCGCCAACUUGGUCUCCCUCAAGAACGCAUCUCUCGCCCGCAAUUCCCUGUCCGGGCCGAUUCCGGAGACGCUGUCGGAGAUGGCGGCGCUGGUCCACCUCGAUCUGAGCUCGAACCAGUUUAACGGCACCCUGCCCAGGUUCUUGUCGGAGAUGAGGGCCCUCAAGUACCUCAACCUGGGGGACAACAACUUCCAUGGAGUGCUCCCCUUCAAUGCUUCCUUCAUCAAGAGGCUCGAGGUUUUCAGAGUGGGGGGCAACAACAACCUCUGCUACAACCAUACCCUUCUCUCCUCCAAGCUCAAACUGGGGAUCGCCCCCUGCGACCGGCACGGAUUACCGGUCUCGCCGCCGCCCAGCCGGGCGGCGCCUUCGGAUUCCUCCGACUACACCAGCGGCGACGACGGCAGCAGCGGCAGGGGGAGCGGGGGCGGCGGCGGCGGGCACCACGGGCCGAGCAGGAUCGUCCUCGGCGUGGCCAUCGGACUUUCUUGUCUGGUCUUCCUCAUCAUCUUCAUCGUUUGUCUGUCAAAGGUCUGUGGUUGA